UAUCGAAAUUACUCGCAAAACACUCUCCACGCUUAUCAACUCAACCCCUUACAUUAUUUUUUUAACUUGUUUGCUAUUCUGCAUUACAUUUGCAUAAAGCAGCGGGAAUGCUGCGCUUGGUGUACAUAUACUAUGGAACCCUGCUACCUGGCUGGAGCAGCUUGCGGGCAUUUGGACAAGGCCAGAGACACUUCAGCGAACUCUGGCUGAAGUAUUGGGUAAUCUAUGCACUGCUGCAGGGACUCGGAGUCCUCACGGAUUUCCUGCUCAGUGGCUUCUCCUUCUACGCUGGUCUCAAGCUCAUCCUGUCCGUGGGCCUCUGGUUCAGUGCCCCCUACAGCACCAAUCACCUGUUCAAUCUGCUUGAUGCGUACGCUAUGGGGAAACUAGGAGCAGUCGUGGAGAAUGGUGUUCGCUGGCACGGGCAAAUCAGUAGAAACAUUUUUCGCGGCUUUAUGCAAUCACCACUGGUGACAGUGAUAAUGCCAAGGGGCGAGGAUGAGCAUAUCACGGAGCCGCGGAUCAAUAAACGUCUCCUGAAAAGAGAACUGUCAAAUCUCAUGACGCAGAUUGCAAGGGAAACGGCCGACCAUCGCCAUCAGCAAGAGCGCCCUAUGAUGCGUCAUUCCCCUCGGCAUUUACGAGCAGCUGAACCGGACAAAUUGAACGGGGAUUCCAUGCACAAUGUCGUCGAGUAUUUCGACCAAAGAUGGGGAGAUCAGCAGUAGUCCGGCCUACUAUAAGCCAACUUCAGCCGGUCCAAAGAAAGAACAGCCAUUGGCAUUAUUUUCUUUUCCUGUCCUUUCCAAAUUUUACUAAGUAAAACCCGAGUUGGAUAAUCCAAAACCUUGGUGUUGAAUCACGCUUGGGGAGUUUACAGAAGAGCAGCAGCUGCCAUUAAUCUUCAAUUAGAAAAGUUCAAUGCCAGCGGACGGGCAUGUUAAUUGAUUCAUGGAACGGCGCCAGGAAUCGAUGAUCCAGCGAUCAGUAGCGAUUUGUUGGCCAUUGGCGCACAUUGUUAUUACAAAUUGGCGAACAAAACUGCGGCCGAUCAAUUGUUGAAAGCAAAGCAGAACGCUGCACGGACCUUUGGCGGCGAUGCAGCUGAUUAAUGGAGAACGGCGAAGGGCAGGCGAAAACAAAAGACUGAAGCAACGAACUUGCGGCGACGGUCGGGACGCGUGUUGCGGCUUUUUGGGGAAUGCUGUUCUGUUGCUGUCGCUGGCAACAAUCUUAAUGCAAUUAGCACACUAUUAAUCUUGAUCAAAAUCCGAACUCAGCAAAUUCGCAAUAACAACCGCAAUGUAAGUGACGCAUUCGUCAGCGCAUUGUAAAGCAAUUUGUUUCAAUUUCGUGGAUCUGAUUCGGCAAACAAAUUCUCGAUGGGGGUCGAAACAGCUUCUAGAAGCAAUAAGGCGGUUAAUCACCUAAAUAACAUUUAUUGCCUUAUUAAUUUCCUGUAUUUCAUGUGAUGAUGUAGAAACAAGCGUUAGCUUUGCUAAUCAGGAAGGAGAUGGAAUAAUAAACUCUAUUGAUCUGCGGACAAAAGACAAUCAAA